GCGCACGCGCAAUGCCUCCUUGCCGCACAAAGGCCUUGGAAGGAGGGGCGGCGCAAGCGCUGUGUCUCUCCGAGGGUGACGUCAUCACCCCGCCCCCCAGCGAACGGAAGGUAGCACAACGCUUGCGCCUUGAAGAUUUGCAGGACUUAUUUCACGCUGGGGUGACGUGAUGACGGAGGAGGAGGUAGUCGGGGAACGGAAGCCGGGAGGGAACUAAGGCCGAAGAGAAUUAGGGCCUGGGCUGUGUUCCGAUCCUUGGCGGGGCUGGGGUCCCGAUGUGGUCUCCGGAGCGGGAGGCCGAGGCCUCGGCCGGGGGAGACCCCGCGGGCCUCCUGCCCCCUGAGUGGGAGGAGGAUGAGGAGCGCAUGUCUUUCCUGUUCUCCGCCUUCAAGAGGAGUCGCGAGGUGAACAGCACCGACUGGGACAGCAAGAUGGGCUUCUGGGCGCCGUUGGUGCUGAGCCACAGCCGCCGCCAGGGGGUAGUGCGCCUGCGUCUGCGGGACUUGCAGGAGGCCUUUCAGCGCAAGGGCAGCGUCCCUCUAGGGCUGGCCACCGUGCUGCAGGACCUGCUGCGUCGAGGGGAGCUGCAACGAGAAUCCGACUUCAUGGCCAGUGUAGACAGCAGCUGGAUCUCAUGGGGAGUUGGAGUCUUCCUGCUGAAGCCCCUCAAGUGGACUCUUUCUAACAUGCUAGGGGAUAACAAGGUUCCAGCUGAGGAGGUGCUUGUGGCUGUGGAGCUGCUAAAGGAAAAAGCCGAGGAGGUGUAUCGUCUGUAUCAGAACUCACCUCUGUCCUCCCACCCUGUGGUGGCCCUGUCGGAGCUGAGCACGCUGUGCGCCAACUCCUGCCCAGACGAGAGAACCUUCUACCUGGUGUUGCUGCAGCUACAGAAGGAAAAGAGAGUCACCGUGCUGGAGCAGAAUGGGGAGAAGAUUGUGAAGUUUGCCCGGGGGCCACAUGCCAAGGUGUCUCCUGUCAACGAUGUUGAUGUUGGCGUCUACCAGCUGAUGCAGAGUGAGCAGCUUCUCUCUCAAAAGGUGGAGUCCUUGUCCCAAGAAGCUGAGAGGUGUAAAGAAGAAGCCCGCCGAGCUUGCCGAUCGGGAAAAAAGCAAUUGGCUCUGAGGUCUCUUAAGGCCAAGCAACGGACAGAGAAGCGCAUCGAGGCCCUGCAUGCCAAGCUGGACACUGUGCAAGGCAUCCUGGACCGCAUCUAUGCCUCCCAGACAGACCAGAUGGUUUUCAAUGCCUACCAAGCUGGGGUGGGAGCACUGAAACUCUCUAUGAAGGAUGUCACAGUGGAGAAGGCUGAGAGCCUAGUUGACCAGAUCCAGGAGCUGUGUGACACCCAGGAUGAAAUUUCUCAGACUCUGGCUGGUGGGGUAACCAAUGGUUUAGAUUUUGACAAUGAAGAGCUGGAGAAGGAGUUGGACAUCCUCCUUCAGGACACUACCAAAGAACCUUUGGACUUGUCCCACAACCCCCACGAGACACUUUAUACCAACAGUGUGCCUAACCCUAGGAUCUCGGAUGCUGAACUUGAAGCUGAACUUGAGAAACUAUCCUUAUCAGAGGGAGGUUUGGUCCCAAGCAGUAAAUCUCCAAAAAGACAAUUGGAACCAACUCUCUAAAGCCAUUGGAGGACCUCAAGUGAAGGACCCUCAUGUAAAAGACAAACAGCCUCGUGUGUGUACAUAGUUCUUUAAAUGAGAAAUACUCAGAAUUUGUUGGAAAAGGAGGAAGGGAAAAACACUUGGAUGUUUCUGGAUGCUGCCACACAUGAUAUAAAGACAGGAUUUCUGGAAGUGAUGCUGCUAAGGCGUGCUCCCAGCUGGUGUCAUGGACCUGCCUUCUUAUCUUUAUAGUGCCACCGUUUAUACAGUUCUGUGUUUGCCCUGUUGUCUCUCAUCACCUGCAGUUCUUGCCAUCGGCUCAGGUUUUUCUUCACCCACCAGCGUGUUCCAGCCAAUGAAAGUAGAAGAUUUGCUGCUUUGCCACACCAAAGGCAGCCCUCUCCUCCACCCUCAAGCUUUUGUAAAGGGAUAUAUUCUGUCUGUAAUGCCAGUUACAACUUAACUCCUAUCCUGCUCUCUUUUCAUUGGUAAUGAGAAGAGAGUAAAACACAAGUUUUAUUCAAGGGACUCAUCAGCUACCACUUCAUGGAGAAACAUAACAGUGUACAAGAUUUUUCUCUAGGGUUAUUUGUCAGAUUCUCCAGGUGUUCAGAAAAGAGGUCAGCCCUGAGUAGCUCAGGGUCAUGCCAGUUGGGAGGGGGCUCAUGUGGUUGGUGGUCAUAGCCUCUUCUUUCUUAUCCAGAAGCGGAUCUGCUGAUGGGGAAAGGGUUAGUCUUGACCUCUUGAACUUACUGGGAGAAGCCCAGGUAACUACAGGGCUCCAGGGUGUCCAAACUCCAUAUCCUUUUGCAAAGAGGCAAAGUUUUUGCCUUGGUCCCGUCAUGGAAUAACUUAAUAUACAUAUACAUAUGUUCCAGAACAAACCACACAAUGCCACACCUCCCUUCCUAGAGCCUGGCACACAGCAGCAGGCUUCCUGUUUGAAUCCGGAAGGCAUUUGACUAUGUAGUCUCUGCUCAGGGCAGGGGAAUCUGAGCCAGGAUGUGCAAUAGGAGCCAGCAGCUAUGGCCUCUUGCUGGGUCUUCCCCACCUGCUUCCCUCGGCCUGCUCAGCACCUUCCCUGCCUCCUGCGGGCCUGUCUUCUCCCUUCUUCCCAUGGAUUGGGGACAAGGUGUAAAAGGAAGGCAGCAGAGAGUCAGAACGCUCCAACAUGGAAAAAAAAAGACAGCCACACUGCCACUCUGCUGCCCAGGGAUGAGGACUCUGCCUGGAGUCCUUUGCCCUGCCCCUCCCGCCGGAGGUGGCACAGAGCAGACGGGAGGACUUUGCUCCAGGCCAGGAGCAUGAAUUAGUGUUCUGUGAAUUCCUCUACUACUGGACCUUGGUAAAUGGAAAUGUUGGGGGUGAAAAGAAACAAUCGCUAUUUUUUUUCUUUUUUAAUCUGGUAAUAAUUAAAAGAGAAAACCCUAGUGCUUGUCCUUGUGUUUUCUUUAGUUUGACA